UUCCUCGCUCGCGGACAGUGAAAGCUCAGUUGACAGCUCGCGGUAGCUCGCGCGCGGAGAUUCAGAAUAUUAUAACGGAGCUUUUCGUGCGGAACGGGUGGGAUCUUUUCACGCGCUGUUAGAGGAGCUUAUCGAAACACUGAAGGUCCUUUUUUUUGGAUUAAGUGUGCAAUUAUAACUCACAAAGAGGGCAGAGAAAUGCUGGAUCGUUGGUUGCAGUUGCACAGCGGUUGUUAGCCAUCUGUUAGAGUUAACAUGGAGCGAGACGGCUCAUUUAGGAGGAGCCUCCAAAACAAACUGCGAUUGGGCACCGGCUCGUCCUCUAGCCUCACUGACCUCUCACAGGCAAAAAGCUCAUCAGGAGUUGGGGAGAAGGGAGGGACAACCGGGGGGCUGUCAGAAGAGUGCAGUAGGAACAAAGAGACACAGCAAAGAAGGGCCGGGGCCAAUGCCACCUGGAACAGCAUCCACAAUGCGGUGAUCUCGGUUUUCCAGAAGAAGGACCUGGGAGAAAAUGAACUCUAUACUCUAAAUGAAGGUGUCAGGCAGCUGCUGAAGACUGAGCUGGGCUCCUUCUUCACUGAGUACCUGCAGAAUCAGCUCCUCACCAAAGGCAUGGUCAUACUAAGGGACAAGAUUCGCUUCUAUGAAGGUCAGAAGCUGUUGGACUCUCUGGCUGACACAUGGGAUUUCUUCUUCUGCGAUGUUCUGUCCAUGCUACAGGGCAUCUUCUACCCUGUGCAGGGAAAGGAGCCAUCAGUUCGUCAGCUUGCUCUCCUCCACUUCAGAAACAUCAUCACCCUCAACCUGAAACUGGAUGAGGCAUUGUCUCGACCCCGAGCCAGAGUCCCCCCCUCCAUCAUUCAAAUGCUGAUGAUCCUACAGGGAGUCCACGAAUCCAAAGGUGUAACAGAUGACUAUCUUCGUCUGGAAACUCUCAUCCAGAAAGUAGUCUCUCCAUACCUCGGGACUCAUGGUUUAUACUCCAGAGACGAGUCUUCCAAUUCGCACUGCUCAUCCUGCUUGUUAGAAAAGAAGUUGCAGUACUCGAGGCCUCCCAAGACAAACAGCUCUCCCACUGUGAAGAAUCCGGUGGUCCGCUCUAAGAGCUACAACGUUCCCAUGCUGACUCCUGUUGUUGAGCAUGACAUAGACUCAUCCUCAGGUGGCAGCACGGGCAUAAGACGUCACUCCAUCUGUGAGAUUUCAUCUUGCGUGGAGGAGAGCAUCUCAAUCACUAAAUCCACCGCCAGGAUGGCUAACAGCAUCAGCGCCUCCAACUCCUCCACAGCUUCAAUCACCUCCGGUGCGCUGACAGACACUUUAACAUCCAGUCAAGACCUCCAGCCCAGUGACAAUGACAGCCCCGCUAUGCUCCACCCUCUUAAGCCACAGCAGCCCUCCCCCUCCAUCCUCCCUGAGCCUUCUCCAGGUGAGGACACUCAUUGUACUGGCUCUCUGGAGUUUGACUCCCCCUCAACCACCAAAGAGCUUGCACAGGACACGAGCUCCGGUCCCAGUCCGGCGUCCAGCAUAGAGAUGACAGCAGACCGCCACACAGAGUCUCUGGACUCAGAGCAGGAACAAGAUGGGAUCUUUCUUGACUUCUGGCAUUACUGCUCGGACGAAUCGACGCCCAACAGAGACAGUGACAGGCAGAGCGAAGUCUGACACACAUACAGGGGCACGUGGACCAUUAUUUAAAGAGUUAACACUUCUGGGCCGGGAUAGAUAUUUCUCGCAUUGUAUGAUACCCUUGUGGUUUUCUAGAGACUCUACAUCAAAGAAACUCUUCAAGCUGAAGUAUUUUUUUCUAUGAUGUUAAAUCACUAAAUAUGUCAGGUAUUUUUAUUCCAAAUGAUAUUACCUUGUUGUUUAUGAUUUUUAUUAUAAUUCUGGGAAGCAUAAAAAGUAAUUAAGAAAUUCAAACUUUAUAUUUAUUUUUAAACAAAAUUAUUUUAAUAACUGUUUAAAAUUCUCUGUGUUUUUAAAUCUUAAACUCUUACAUCACCACUGUGCCUUUUUGCUGCAUUAAUGGUGUACCUCUGUUAAAAAACAGCAGUCUUUUAUGUAAGAUCUGUGAUGAAUUUUAAUGUCUAAUGGUUUUCUGUUGCUUUAAUGUUCCUACACUGUUAGCGUCGGUAUUAAAGUGCCAAUUUAGUCCUCGGUAAAAUGAAUGUCAGUGCAAAUUUGUCGAUCUGUGAAAUUAAUUUUUCACAAGUUAGCUUCUAUCUGAAAAUAUAUGUAAGAUCAUUUGCAGCAAUGAUAAACUAAAGUAAACUAUAUUUAAGUACAA